AUUUUUUAUGUUGUCAGCUGGUGCCCGCUACUCUUACUUAGGUCGACUGUCUAACAAGACAACAACACGUUAACAUGGGCCAGUAAUUACCAGCAGCGAGGUUUAAAAUGAGUGAACCGAGGAGUCGGGAGUGUACGGCACGAAGCUGACAAACCAACAGUCAGCCUUAACCGCGUUUUCCAGCGCUGUUGGCAAGCCUCAUGAAAGGGAGUUUUUAUUGUCCUAGCUCGUUGGCUAACGUUAGCUAUUUGUCUGGUGAGUUGCAGACAUGUCCACUACAGAGAUGUCUUUACGGCACAAUUACCGUCGCCCACCGGCGAUCAUUAAGCAGGAGCAGGAGGACGACUCGGACGCGGAGGAGACUCAUCUGGGGCUGAGGAGGUCAGACGGGCUGGAGUCUCAGAUCAUCCACAGUGGACACUUCAUGGUGUCCUCGCCCCACUGCGAGCACCCCCCGAAGAAAGGCUACGACUUCGACACUGUCAACAAGCAGACCUGUCAGACCUAUCAUUUUGGCAAGGCGAGCAUGUCGCACCUCUCCAUAGACGCCUCACUGACCAAACUAUUUGAGUGCAUGACUCUUGCGUACAGUGGUAAGUUGGUAUCUCCCAAAUGGAAGAACUUCAAAGGUUUAAAACUGCUGUGGAGAGACAAGAUCCGCCUCAACAACGCCAUAUGGAGAGCCUGGUAUAUGCAGUAUGUGGAGAAAAGAGAGAAUCCAGUUUGUCACUUUGUGACUCCCCUGGAUGGAAAUAUAGACAUGGACGUUCAUCGUCCUGCAGAGGCCACUGCCACGGAUGGGAAAUGUUGGAAAAGAAGAAUUGAAAUUGUCAUAAGAGAAUACCACAAAUGGAGAACAUACUUUAAGAAAAGGUUACAGAAGCACAAGGAUGAGGACCUCUCAAGCUUGCUUAAGGGUCCAGAGGAGCAGCUAUCGCUGUUUGGGGAAGUCUCUCCAGACAUGCUCCGUGUCUCCUUUUAUCAGGAUGAAGAGACUGCAGCACGCCGUGUGCCUCGUAAGCAUAAUGAAACACCUGCCCCCAUGGAGAUGGACCCCCUCUUUGACAUGGAUGUUCUGAUGUCAGAGUUUACAGACACGUUAUUCUCUACGUUGGCCUCACACCAGCCCAUAGCCUGGCCCAAUCCAAGGGAGAUUGCUCAUGCGGGAAAUGCAGACAUGAUCCAACCAGGACUCAUCCCCUUACAACCCAACCUGGACUUCAUGGACUCCUUUGAUCCGCUGCAAGACUUAUUUCACAGCCUCCGUCAGACUGUCUUCCCCUCUGUUUCCCCCACUGCAUCAUCUGUCACCCCUCUACCCAGCAGCAGCUCUCAGUCACAGGCCCAGUUAAUGUCCACCAUGCAACUCACAACCAACCACAUCUCCCCUGCUGGCCCCCUGCCCAUCCCCUCUCCCAUGACCAGUCAAACCAGUCAAACACGUGGUGGUGGUGGUGGUGAUGCAGCCUAUGUACAAAACUACAUGCCUCUGUUUCCUGGGCAGGUGGCGCCCAAUGAUCAAGCAGUAGUUUCCUCAGUCUCUCAGCCGUUAUCCCAUGAUCCUCUUGCACAGUGCCUUCCGGGUCAGGACAUGGCCUCAGUAGAACCCAUGGUUCCCUCGCCCUUGGACAACACCUCAGUGCUUGGUGAGACAGCAGCUCCAUCUGUGAUUACACACACAGCCUCCUCUGCUGUCACAUCCAGCGACGCAGCCACCACCUUCGGUCACGGCUCGGAGUACAGCUCCAUAUCUUCCCAACCUCCACCUUCUCCGUCUCAACUCCAGCCCUUGGCUCCAUUAGCUGCCACUUCUGUCCAGCACCCUCAGACUUUUGCCCUGCCUCGCCCGUUUCAGUCGUCCAGUGCCAACAAAAACCGUCCUGUGCAAAGAAUUGCUCCUGCUACCACACCCCCCCCCUCCCACCUCAUCCUCACAGCCCCUUUUCCAGGCCAUGCCAGUGCUGUGAUUGUUACACCAACACCUCUAAAAGCAGACGUGGUCCCUAAUACUGGAGUGGUCAUCACUCCUUCCCAUCUUGGAAGGGGUCCUGGAUUUCACAUUGUGUCUCAAACACAGAAGUCUCCCCAGCCAAUUGUCCCCAAAGAAAAGUCUUAUUCUUCCAGCCGCAAAAAUCAGAAAGCCUCCUCUAGUGUUGUUCAAAGUCAGCCAGGAUCAGGUCAAGGAUCACCACAAGGUUUAGAUCAAGUUCCUAGUCCCCAGUCACUGAUCAGUGGCAGCAGUACACCUCUGGUAAAGAAUGAACCAAAUCAGAGCCGGAGGACAACGCACAUAUCUGCUGAGCAAAAGAGACGAUCAAACAUAAACAUUGGCUUUAAAACGCUCUGCAGCGUGGUUCCCACUCUGAAAUCGCAAUCAAAUAUCACUUACGGACUCACGUUGCAGAAGACAGUGGAGCACAUUGGGAAGCUCCAGCAGGAGAGGCAGCAGAUGCAGGAAGAGGUGAAGAGACUACGAGAGGAGAUAGAGGAGCUCAACGCCUCCAUUAACUUUUGUCAGAGACAGCUGCCUGCAACAGGAGUGCCCAUCAGGCGACAUCACUUUGACCACAUGCAAGAGAAGUUCAAUGAAUAUGUGAGGAGCCGCACUCUUCAGAACUGGAAGUUCUGGAUUUUCAGCAUCAUUAUCAAGCCUCUCUUUGAGUCAUUCAAUGGGAUGGUGUCAACUACAAGCAGAGCAGAGCUGUGUCAGACCACAUUGCAAUGGCUUGAUCGUCACUGCUCCCUUCCAGUGCUCAGACCCAUGGUGUUGAGUACCCUUCGCCAGCUGAGCACAACCACGUCCAUUCUCAGUGAUCCAUCCCUGCUGCCUGAAGAAGCCAUCAACGCUGUCACACACACAGAUGUGUAGCAUUACUCUCACAGGAGGUGAGGUGACGCAAAAGCCACCUGAACCUUUAAAACAGCAAUCAUCAAAAUGACAUAUCAUUGGCUUACCUUAUAGCCAUUCAGCAAGGUCAACACAUGUCCCUAAAAAAUGCAUGAAAUGAUACAUGCAAGCUAGGUCUGGCUUACUUUUACUGUGUAUGUACGAUGGUCAUACAUUUGUUCUGUUGUACAUUGAUUCUUGGGAAUGACGCACGCAGGGAGCCCCACUUUUGACACUGCAUUUGAACAGUUGUGCAAAAAUGGCUUUUAACAUAUUAUAUUUGAAUGGCAGCAAUUGCUACUGCCUUCACCUGCUUUAGGUGAAGAACCUCUACAUACUUAAGUUGAAGGUGGUACUUGCUUUUUGAACAACAUAGAUUUAAUUACUUUUCUAAUGUAAAAACACAACCUUGUAUUAAAAAGGGAACUAUAGAGUGAUUCAUUUUGUGUUCUGUAUAAAGUGUAUGGAUAUGAUGUUUUUUCAUAAAGAGAUGAAUGUGGGUUUAGUUGGCAGUAUAGUUUGUGUUUUUUGGAGGCUCUGAUUCACCUGAUGAUCACUCAUAGGCUAUUCUCUGCUUGAUUAGUACAAGACAGAUGAAAGCUUUAUCAUGUUUUCCAUCCUUCAUUUACUCAGGUGACCAGGUGAUUUUGCCAGGUUACAAAAAUUGUUUCCCUGGUGGUCUUCCGUCCGUGCUGAACAUCUUUCUUUCUUUAUUCGUUGCUCUGCCCAUUCACAGUGAGUUCAAUUGCGAAUUGUACAAGAAAGCAGUCAUCUUAGAUAGAGUAUGUUACUCACGUACAUGGGUUUCUACUGGGUGGGUCACAGCAUAAUGGAGCAAUAGUAAUUACAGCCCUCAUAGGGAGCGUAACUGAAAUAGCAGUACAAAAUAUAUAUAUAUGUAUACUACAUUCACAUGUAAAGUGUUAAACGAUCUUAGCUGAAUGCACAGCAGCUGUAGGGGUCUUCUCAGUUCUUUUUUGGUCACUCAGGGCUGCGCUGGUCAGCGUCUUUAUUUUCCAUUCAGCUAUGAACAAAUCAAGUCAGGAUCCUUCUCAGCAGGAAAACAUGUUGUCUGUAAGGGUAUGGGUUACAUCACAGGAUUUGAUUUACUGAUGUUUUCAUCUGCUCAUAGUUACUAAUUUAUAAUGUUUGUUAAUGACAAAUACAGGAGAAAACAAUCAGGUUGCAAUGUUAAAAGACACAGCACACAGACACAAAACAAACAAAAGCCAUAUCAGAAUAGUAUAUACAUCCGUUCAGUUCAUUUUUUGUGUUACUUUAUUUGACGGAGCAUUCUGUUGACUGCUUUAGAAGUAGACACUGCAGGUUUAUGUGUGACAUAAUCAGCCUUAAGGUCAAAUAAAGUGCCCUUACUUGUUUUCCCUGCAGGCUGGUCUUGUUCUGUUUGUUUUUAUUUGUGGUUCAGCACUCCUCAGGCUGACAUUCAUUUUGUGACUUCUGUUUUUACUUUCUUUUCUGCAAAACAACUGAGUUUACUGAGUUUUAUGAUAGCAAAAGGCACCACUGAUGUCUCUUGUAUGAUUAAUGUGCCGCGUUUUAUUACUGAAUGAGGAUGUCUUUUAAUUGUAGAUUUUACUUUUCUACAAGAUAGAAAUAAUGUAUCUAUCAAUGUACAGGCUGCUCAAUUUAUAGUAAGAUGGGGAAAGCAGUCCUCAAAAUUCAACACUUUCACAGUGUACAAGAUUGCAGCCUAUUUACAUUGAUGCAAAUCAAAAAGGCCUAUAAAUCAAGUGUAAUGUUGAGUGGCCACACUGAUCCAACAUGAUUUAUUACUACUAUAAGAAAAUUAAAAUGCACCUCUGAAUGCAGCCAUGUUUGUCAUGAUUGCAGAUGAAAAUGUCUUUCUCUUUGGCUUUUAUUUUUGUUUUUUGUCCCCCCUUCAAACUGAGAGUCUGAUUUAAGUUAUGUCAGAAUGCCCUAAUGUUCCAGCUUGGCUUUUGUGUGGUGAUUUUAUUGUUGUUGUUUUUUCUCUCAUCCCACAAUUUUAAAAUGUUGGAUUUCUGCUGUUUCUGUGAGGGUUUUUGUACCUGAUUAUGUAUAUCAUUGCAGAUGAUUCUCCCCAAAUUUUGUAUUGUUUUUCAUUAGUUUGAAGAAGGAAAGAUAUUUUCUUAUGCUGCAUCUGAGUGUUUUUUUGUUCUCUUCUAAAGUUCCCAAAUGUCUUCAUGCACCGAGUUUUGAGAUGCCUUAAAUAAUUCUGAAUCACAAUAAAAGCACCAGAAAAUGAAA